UUUGUGUAUAUCCCUCUUUCUAAUUUCUUAAUCGAGAAAAAGUGCAGAAGAAUGGCUUCGUCGAAAAAACGAAAAGAUUACUUUGAGAGUGAUUCCACAGACGAUGACGAGAUAAACGUUGUAACAUCCACUGGUGAAGUCAUCCCUCUUCCAGUCAAAGGAUCAGACACCAUCCGUGAAAUAAAACUCAAGAUCCAGGCUAACGAACAUAUCCGUAUUCACCAGCAGGAACUCUUCUUCAAAGAAAAUGUUUCUAAAUACACCAAUAAUAGCCUUGCCAACUUGCCCAUUAAGAAGGAGUCUACCCGUGAAUCAGUUGGUUUCAUGAACAUAUUCAUCAAGAACCUGGAAGGAAGGAUCAUCUAUUCUCUUGAAGUCAAACCUUCCGACACCGUCGGCAACGUAAAAGCCAAAAUAAUGGGUGGUUAUCGGCGCGUGCUGAUGUUCAAUGAUGUUGUUCUUGAAGAUAACGAUACCCUUGCUCACUUCCACGUCGUCAACGGAUCCAUACUCACGUGCAUUGAUAAAGCAGACAGAAAGAUGGAAAUAUUUGUGAAUAUUCUCACCAGAAAGACCAUCUCUUUGUUAGUCACCCCAACAGACACCAUCGCUAACGUGAAAUUGACGAUCUUUUAUCAGGAACGUAUUCCUGUUGACGAGCAGGUGAUGAUCUUCAAUGGAAUGGCUCUUGAGAACAGCGGGACCCUUUUUGACUUUCACAUCAAGGGGGAAUCGACUCUUGCACUUAUGCGUAGAUCGAGAGGAUUAAUGCAGAUAUCUAUCAAGACCUUAAAAGGAUAUGCCAUUACCGUGGAAGUCAACCCCUCUUAUACCAUUGGCAAUGUAAAAUCCAAGAUCCAGGAUAAGAUGGAUAUUCCCCAUGAGGAGCAGGAGUUGAUCUUCAAUGAAGUGGUUCUAGACAAUAUCGACACCAUUGCUGACUCUAACAUCGGUGAGGAAUCCACACUCACACUUGUCUGUAAAUCAACGGGACAUAUGCAUAUAUUCAUCAAGACUAUGUCUGGAAAGACCAUUAAUAUGAAAGUCAAACCCUCGGACACUGUUUACAAUGUGGUUUCCAAGAUUGCGGAUAUGGAAGGUCUCCCGCGCUGUCAGCUAACCCUGCUCUUUGACGGAAGGGGUUUGAUUGACAGCCUUACGCUUGCUGACUACCACAUCCACGAGAAAUCAACCAUUGAUAGUGUGGUACGCUUAAUAGGAGAUUAGAGAAGCACAUCUUAUGAUCCAUUAUAUAUUGUACUAAAACACAUUGUCUUAGUGUCUUUUAAUGCAGUUCUGUUUUGUAAA